GGAAUAAGGAACACACACACAAAAUCGAGACUCAGGGUGUGUCACUGCUUAAUUUCAUCCUUAAGUUGAAUUAACGAAUAUUCUUUUGAUAUCUACUGGUUUUACAGGAAGAAAAUAUCGUAUUGACUGAAGCACCUUGCUGUGUGUUUUUCGCCAGUGACACUUUAGUGAUGACGGGUGCAGAAUUUUCUCGCUCUUUUAUUAUUUGUUUUCUUCGUUGCAACUCGAGAAGAUCGCUGGACUUGUGAUAUUGAGGAAAUGAAAUCGACCAUAGGCGAGAACUCUUUACGGUAUGUAUUUCUAUCGGUAGUCUUAUGCCAUCGAACGGUUUCAUAAAGGCAACAGGGUUUCACCGCCAGAUCAGUAUUCAGUAUUGCAGUGAGCAGCAGUUCACCCACUGUUGAUUCUUCAACAUGAACGACACAAAUGAUACAACGGAACAGAACCCGCAUUCAGAGGAACUUUCUCUACCUUACGCCAUUGCGACGGGAACUGUGCUUUUUAGUAUAUUAUUCAUGACUGUGUUUGGAAACCUGUUAGUUUUACUUUCUGUGGCCAUUUACAAGAAUUUGCGACACACGACAAAUUACUUUAUUGUGAAUUUAGCCUGUGCUGACCUUCUGCUGGGAUUGUCAGUGCUGCCAUUUUCGGCGAUGUUGGAUAUUCUUGGAUAUUGGCCCUUUGGUCCAAUCCUGUGCAUUUUCUGGACGUCGGUGGAUGUGUUGUGGUGUACUGGGUCCAUAAUAACAUUGUGUGUCAUCAGCGUUGACCGUUAUAUAGGAAUAACUCGACCUCUCCAACAUGGAAUUAUCAUGUCCGAGAGGAGAGCUUGCUGGAUUAUUUCCCUUGUGUGGGUUGUCUCCCUUGCGAUCUCUAUCGGACCGGUGUUUGGUUGGCGACAUGACCGGAAGUUAGCAAGCGCUCAAAAUUGUCAUGUGAACAGAGAGCCCGCGUACGUUUUAUUUUCAGUGACGGGAUCAUUUUAUAUCCCAUUGUUCAUAAUUGUCUUCGUAUACAGCCGCAUCUUCAAAACUGUCAACGAACACUCAAAAAAUCUUCAGAAAGGGGAGACCACCAUGUCUUGUGGAAAGUCAUCCACCAAAAAAGUAAAGUUAAGAAUCCACACCGGUCGGUCGAGCUGUAACACGAUAUUGAACGGAAACUCGAAACAGAAUAUGUCCGAGCGAUUAAUAAAAUUCAGCCGGCAGAAAAAGGCCGCUAAAACGCUUGGAAUCGUAGUCGGGGUCUUCAUCCUUUGCUGGUUUCCCUUCUUUUUGGUCCUACCUUUAGGUGCAUUGUGUAGUAAAUGUUCACCCCCCGAGGAUUUGUUCAAAGUGAUUUUCUGGCUCGGUUACUGUAACUCGAUGAUGAAUCCAGUGAUUUAUGGCUUCUCAAGCAAAGAAUUCAAACGUGCCUUCCGUAACAUCCUUAGCUGUAAAUGCAGGAAAAGCCAAAGAUUUAGGCAAAUACAGCGCUAUUCAUUCUACGAUCACCAUGAACGAUCAAAUAGCAAUUUUUCAUCUCCCAACGAGAAAAUGAAGUCCCUUAAAUUUAACGUAAGUAAUGAUUUCAUAAGGGAAUCUGACAGUGGAACUCCGAGCCUAAGAUCGCAUCAGAAUGCCGAUCUCGAUUUAAAUUACUUACCGCCUCAUGAUAAAUCCUUCCUUUCUACAAAUCCACAAAGUUUUGACAGUGAAUCUGUGUCUAUAAGUGAUAAUGUUCUCGAGGAUUUGAGAGAGGAACAACAGAAGCCAUAAGAUGACAAACUUAAAUUGAUCAAUGAAUUUUGCAUAUCACAUCGAAGAGUUAUUUAUUAUUAACUGUCAAUUUAUGGGACAUAUGUCCCAGAUGAUAUUAAGGUGUAAGGAAAAAACAAGUCUGAAUUUAUGAAUUUAUGAAUAAUAAGACUAUCACUGCGACAGUAAAGUAUUCAAAGAAUAAAAACACAUGUGUACUUUGCAUUA